AUGAAGACCGAGCCCGCAUCUCAGCACGGGCCGGGCCAGGGCCAGCUUAUAUCCCCCUCCAUCUCUUCCCCCACCACCACCACCCACCACGCCCUCCCGACCCAUCAAGCAGCAGCCACUACCCCCCGAUCCUGCCCCUGCUCCUGCUCCAGCUCCUCCUCGCCCCAGCCACUCCCGCCCCCCCAUCUCGGGACAACAGCAGAGGUCCCGCAGACGGUAUAUUCCUCUCUCGAUGCCGCCACAGACGCCGCCAGGGGCGCCAGCCUGCUCGCCUGGCCGGGCGACGAGCCGUACCGGUCGCCGGUGCUGAAUCACGGGGGCCAGGCGCCGCGUUAA